AUGGGUAUUGUGCAGCGAGUCUGUCCGUCUGCGCGAGCGGGUAUUCUGUACAUCUAUGCGGUCUCUGCCUGUGUCCUCCUCCUCGUCACCGUGGCGUACAUGAGCUACGGCAAGUCGCCAUCAGCCCAUAUCCUUCGAGCCGCUCUGCGGGCAAGUUAUGCCACUCGGAUUAACUCUAUUUUCGAGUCGGCGGCCAAGUUGCACACAAAGCCAUGGGCCAAAUUGGCUACCCUGGCCGAUGACUUUGGCUCGCGACUGAGCGGGAGUCAAGGUCUGGACGAUGCCAUCGAUUGGACUGCGCGGGAGAUGCGAGCCGAUGGCUUGGACUCGGUCGAGCUGAUCAACGUGACGGUACCGGUGUGGCGGAGAGGUUCGCGCUCGGCGUCAUACGCGUCGUUGAUUAGCCCGCGUCACGCCGAUCUGGCGGUGAUGGCGCUGGGCGGGAGCGUGCCGACACCUGGUCCGGGUGAGGCUCUCGAGGCUGAGGCUGUGGUGGUGAGCUCGUACGGGGAGCUGCGGACGAUGGGAGCGAUUGGAAGCGCCGAUGGUAAGAUUGUGGUGUUGGACGCAGCGUGGGUGAGCUACGACGAGAACUACGAGUACCGCAGCCGGGCGGCGGUGGAGGCAGCGCGAGUGGGUGCGGUAGCGGUCCUUGUCCGCUCGCUCACGCCGCACUCGAUCUACUCGGUCCACACCGGCGGCAUGCACUACGAGCCCGGGGUGGUGCAGAUCCCGGCGGGCGCUAUUACCACCGAGGAUGCGGACAUGCUACGGCGGAUGCAGGACCGCGGGCACGUGCUCUCGCUUGCGCUCGCCCUCAACUGCUCUGUCGGCCCGCCAGCGCCUUCGGCCAACGUUGUGGCCGAGCUGACGGGCAGGACACACCCUGAGCAGGUUGUCCUCCUUGGCGCUCACAUCGACGCGUGGGACGUAGGCACCGGUGCCAUGGACGAUGGCGGUGGCGUUGUCGCCGUCUGGCACGCGCUCUCGCUCCUCCACUCACUCGGCCUUCGGCCGGCACGCACCAUCCGAGUUGUGCUCUUCACCAACGAGGAGAACGGGCUGGCCGGCGGCCAGGCCUACGCCGAGCACUACGCAAGCGAGCUCGGCAAUCAUGUGCUGGCGAUUGAGUCUGACUCGGGUGUCUUUGAUCCACGCGGCUUCUACGCCGCCGGCGGCUCGAGCGAGACCGCAGCAGCGCUCUCCGCCGUUGCCACACUCCUUAGCCAUCCACCGACACACGUCGAUGCGCGGGCGAUGACCUCUGCGCUGGAGACCGGAGCCGACAUCUCGCCACUCCUCGCCGCUGGCGUGCCGACGCUCGAGCUCCAGGCCGAUGGCGGGGUGUACUUUGACUACCACCACACCCGGGCUGACACCGCCGACAAGAUCGACCCUGUCGAGCUCAACAGGUGCAUCGGCGUCCUUGCCGCCAUGGCCUAUGUUGUGGCCGACAUGCCUGAGACGUUACCGCGGUGA